CGAAGACAGAAAAACAAAAGCAAUUCCACAAACUCAAAAAAAAAAAAAAAAAUCAAAUUUUUGGUUUCUUCUUGAGAAAUUAAACUUGGGUUUGUGAAGGUGAACAAGUUUCAAGCUUUAUCCAUGGCGUAAGAUGAUUCACCUUCUCAAAGUUUGUCUCUUUUUUCAUAUCUGAUCACAAGAGGGUUUCGGGUUUGAUUUCUGAUUGUUAAAGUUUAAAUAUUUUUAGUUGAAAUUUGGGUUUAGUGUUUGAUUAUGUGGAUGGCUACUCAAUCUAAUUCUGGGUUCGAGUCUUUGAAUUCUAUGAUGAGUCGUCACGCUAUUAAUUUCCAAUCUAACACCUCCUCGGAGAUGAUUUCUAUGAGUCCGUACUUGGAGAUGAGUAUGAUCAAUGUUGCUUCUCCUGGUUUAGUUCAAACCGGGAAUUCUUCGAAUGCUUCUGAUUCGGUUUCUGGCCUCAUGCUUGAUCCUUCCAUGGUUAGUGAAUGGUCAAAUGAAGAACAAUACAUAUUGGAUGAUGGUCUUGAAAAAUAUAAGGAUAUACCAAGUAUCGAGAGGUAUAUUCAAAUUGGAAACAGUUUACCUGAUAAAAGUGUUCGAGACAUUGCUUUGCGGUGUAUGUGGAUGACGAGAAAGAGGAGAAAAUCAGAAGAAUUAAAUUGUGGAAGAAGAACGAGUUCUAGCAAGGACAAGCAGGUGGAAUCGUCUUCUAAGUCAAGCAUUCCCUCUGUUUUGCCUCAUAACAUGGCUUCAUAUCCUUUCUCAGUGCCCUCUACAAUCACCAGUAAACAAAUUACAUCUGAAGAUUUAAGUGGCCAUGCAAUAAAUCUCUUAGAACAGAAUGUACGAGCUUUUAGUCAAAUUAGAGCUAAUCUCUCCUCAUAUAAGGUAGAGGAUAACGUAGAUCUCUUUCGUCAGGCAAGGAACAACCUUAUCACCAUUCAAAAUGACAUGAAUAAUAUGCCUGGCUUGAUGAACCAGAUGCCACCAUUGCCGGUCACAAUCAAUGAUGAUCUCUCGGUGAUGCCAUUCAACACGAUGCAAAGUGGCGGCUUCCAUACGAAGCAGAAGCCUUGAAUCAUCUGGUUUCCCUUAAUUACCUGUAAAUUAUCCUAAAGAAGCUGGAGGAGAAGAAAAAAAGCCCAUCACAUGUUGUGAAGUUUGUAGAAAUGUGAUUCUUUCGUAACACCAAGGAUCUUUAUUGCCGGGCGCCAAUGUUGAAACAGGACAUAAUCGUCUUGGUCCAGGCUCCAAACUAAAAAAAAAAACUUCUUAACAAGUUCUAUUAGAUCAACUUUUAGUUCAAUUAAUGUCUUGGAGAAUUUCUAAGCGAUGUGUAUAAAAAGAUUCUAUUGAAGAUAGAGAAGAGCGUGUUGAGGUUUGCACCUGUAA